CGGAUGGAGGGCGGAGGCGCCGCCGCGGGGACAGCGACCCUCGGGCCGUCGAGGAGGAGGAGGAGGAGGGUCGAAGAAAGCCAGGAAGAUGCGGCCGUGGAGGACGUGGUUGUCAUCUCUCCGGCCCCCCUGCCAGCGAGAAACUUCGACAGAGACACCACCGAGCCAAUCAGCUUCUACUUUUCCUCCCUGGAGGAGGUGUUGUCCUGGACCCCGACGAGCGAAGACGCCUUCAACAUCUGUAACGUGCCCCUGGCCCCCCGCCAGCCCCCGCUGCACAGCGGGAGACCCCGGACGCUGGUGUGCCACGACAUGAUGGGCGGCUACCUGGAGGACCGGUUCAUCCAGGGCUCGGCGACCCCCGACCCCUACGUCUUCUACCACUGGCAGCACAUCGACGUUUUCGUCUACUUCAGCCACCGCCUGCUCACCAUCCCGCCCGUGGGCUGGACCGGCGCCGCCCACCAGCACGGAGUCAGCGUCCUGGGCACCCUGAUCACCGAGUGGACGGAGGGAGCGAGCAUCUGCGAGGCGUUCCUGGGGGGCACCGAGGCCACCUUCUGCGCCGUGGCCGACCAGCUGGCCCGCAUCGCCCAGUUCUUCCGCUUCGAUGGCUGGCUGGUCAACAUCGAGAACGUACUGACCGCAGCAGCCGUGAACAACGCGCCCCGCUUCCUGAGGUACCUCACGGAGGAGCUGCACCGGCAGGUGCCCGGCAGCCUGGUGCUCUGGUACGACAGCGUCGUGGAGGGCGGGCAGCUCAAGUGGCAGGACGAGCUGAAUGAGAAAAACAGGGUGUUUUUCGAGGCGUGCGACGGGCUGUUCACCAAUUACAACUGGCGGGAGGAGCACCUGGAGCGCCACGGCGGCGCCGCGGGGACCCGGCCCCAGGACGUCUACGUGGGCGUCGACGUCUUCGCCCGCGGGUCCGUCGUGGGAGGGCGCUUCGAAACCGACAAGUCCCUGGCGCUGAUCCGGAAACACAAGCUCUCGGCCGCUCUGUUCGCCCCCGGCUGGGUCUACGAGUGUCUGGACAGAAGCCACUUCCUCCGUAACCAAGGACAGCCCCGGCCGGCCCCUGACGGACCUCGGGCCUUGGCCCCGGUUGUGGGUGCAGGUUCUCUGGGGGACUGCUGCGGCAGGCACCUGUCGACGCACAGCGUCAGCGCCCUGCCCCUGGUACCCGCAGCCUCUGAGUUGACAGCCUGUGGCCCCAGGGCAGCCCCGAGUGCUGGCCCAGCCCGCUGCUGCCUGGAGGAGGCGUGGACCGGCGGCAGCUGCCUGCUCGUUGACGGAUGGCUGCCCCCCUGGGACCCCGACGGUGACCAGGCCGGCGACGUGGCCAUCAGGCUGUUCUCCCUGCAGCUGGCGGCCCCCCCACUGCUCUACCUGUCCCUGGUCUACAGACCCCGGGGCCCCACUCCCGUCUCCGUCAGCCUCAGCCUGGGCCUGGCAGGUGACGCGCUGCCCCUGCCACCGCCGGACGCUGCUCCCGGGGCCUCCCGCAGGUAA